GAGACUGAAAAAUAGUAAGCCAUUCUAUGUACUAUGACUAAGCGUGUCCUCAGUUGGGUAGUGUGGUGUUUCUGCUGCAUUCCAUGCAGAGAUUUGUAACUCAGUGAAGUCCAUCGCCUGCAAAAUGUCCCCUGCUUCGCCCACGGAUCUGCGACCGGGUACCCUACGCGAGCGUUCUGGAUCUUCGAGCGUGAAUAUCAAGCGCGUGAGCACUAAGCCUGCAGAGAUGACUGGCCGCAAGGCGUCACUUUCGGCAUCCUCCUUCGAACGAAGAGCGCGCAGUCCGUCACUCGGUCCCGCCAUUUCUGCAAGCCUUUCCCGCAGUCGGCAGAAGCUGCAGACAAGAGCGGACGCGCCUCCGGGAUCGGCAGCGUCGUUCAAGCAGAAGAAUCGGUUCAGGAGCUUAUCUGGUGUCGGGUCGGGCGGAGGGACUGGAAAAGCCAGUAAACAGAAGUCUCCGCGGGUUGCGGUUCUCACGCGGCCCGAGUGGAAUGCCGACUUCGGCGCAACAUCUCUGUUUGAUUCCGCGGAUCGACGGAUUCACAAACCCGGCCGUUCGGCACCUGAGCGCUUCCAGAGCAGCGUGGACGAAAAAUUGCGCCUAUUGCGAAAGGUGGACGGCGUGGGAAGCCCGCCUGCGAAAACUGCCGCGAAGACAAAGAACAACUCAGGGAGUUCGUCGCAAGAAGGUAGACCUCACAGCGCACUGGGUGGAAUCACGGUGGCCGGAAAGCCACUUGACUUUUUCCUGCAGCCUCGAGGCGGCAGCCCCGAGCCAGGAACCGAUGGUGCUGGGGCCGCGUCAAAGGCAGUUGGGAAGACAACUUCGGGAAGGAACAGCCGCUUAUCUAAAGACAGCACGUCGUCGUCGUCGUCGUUUUCACUUCAGUAUCAGCCGCCGCAACGCAGCGGCCGCACGUCGGUGGACAAGCUGCGCAGCAUGUCGGCUGCGGGUGGCAAUACUACAACAUCUGCAAGAAUUUUGAAAAGUGCACUAGGGCAAGCGCGGGGCAUACUGAAGAAUGCACUGAAGAAGCGGCAUGCAGACAACCGCAACCCAGAAAGCGCUGAAGCAGAUCCAACGGACUCCACAACUCGUGCGCUCAAGACUGCCGGUCUUGACGCUAACAUUGUGGGAGGUGUAGCUCCGACAACCACUUCCAGCAAGUCGUCGAUGGAAGGCGGUGAACCCAUGGAUCGCGAAAAGCUUAUUGCUUCAGGGAAGAGAAUCCUGGCGGCCAUGGAGAAGCAAGCUUCGUCAGGUAUUGGUAAACCGAUUGGGUUGCAGGCGAUGACAAGCGCUUCGCCAGCGUCGCCACGCUACUCCUCGCGGAAUUUUCGUUCGGUGCUGGGAGGAGAAACACCUUCUGUUGAGGAGUGCCACGAAAUCGAAAGAGCGCAACGCGCAGCAGCUGUAGCAGCUUCAUCCUCCGAGGGCGGGCAGUCGCAACGAGGCCCGGCAGCCGCGACGCUGCACGUAGAGCGAGGUCCUCUGGUUUUCGUCGGUCAAGGUAGUGUCGGGGGUGCGAGCACGCCGCGAGAGCGGAGUGCGUCGCCCCUAGGCGCUUCCGCAGGAAGCAGCGCCACAACUGGUGGACUUAAUGUGCACGAUAUUCAGCGUGCGCUAGGAGAACACCCAGAUGUAAUCGACUUGUCAGAGGUACGACGGCGUGCACAAGAAGCUCACCUGGCGAUGGCGGGUGCAAGCGACGAGCAACGAUUUGCUGCGCAGUCCGUAGCGCCAGUUGAACCGACUGUGACUUCGUUGGCGGAACUUCGCAAGGAGGUUGCGGUGCGUUCUCACAACUUGGAGCUCGACCGGUUACAGGAGCGCAACCGAAACCUUCAGAAAAUGUUCAAUGCGGGGCUGGAGCGUGAGCUAUCGGAUGCGUCACGCGCUUUCGGCGACGCGAAGGAGGCUGCCGUAGCUGCCGUGACUCCGGCACAGCGGCGCCUGAACGAAGUGCAAGCGCGUAUCCAGUCCGAGCACGCUGGUCGGCCGCUGCCUGACGGAGUGCUCUUGACUCACCCGCCGUUGCGCUCGGACGGUCCGCCAGGUGGUCCAGGUGGUCUUCUCAGUUCGAAAAUCGCCUCUGUAUUUCGUGGAAGUCGUCUUGGUGGACCCUCUUCGAGUAAGACCAGUCCGACGUCUCCGCGGGCCGAUGAUACCGCGCUAAUGUCUUCCUUAGCGAGAGCCCGCUCCUCCGCAGCGUCGCGACGGACCAGCAAGGACAACAAGGGCUCCGCAGGGUGUGGUGUCGCGGCUGAGUCCAAGAAGGGGAAGGGGUGGAGCGGUCAGACUGGUGCAGCAUCGAAGCGAAAAGCCUCGCCGACUGGCAACACUCCUUCCGAACGCGCCAUGCGCAAAGAGCUGAACAAGAUCCUCGACGAAGAGGAUGUGCGAAUUCCGAAGAUGAUGGGAAAGAUAGAGCAGGAGAACGAAGCGGCUGCCAAGAAGACCAGCGCAUCGGCAGAUUAUUUCCAGGUUUUGAAAUCUACGCAAGCUGAGGAAGACCGCGUGAUGCGAGAGCGCGUGCAGCACGAAACAAGGCUGGAUCGGCUCGAGAGGGAUUUGCACAGGAAGUAUCACCUUACUGGGGGAGCACUUGAUCCUCAGGCGCGGAAGUACCAGGCCGCGCAGGAGCUUCUGCGAGCACCAGUGAAGAUUACGAUGCGAUUGUAACCAUGCGGUUGUCCUAGAAUCAUGAUCAUGAGGAAACAAAAGACUUGGCAAUUUCAUCUAAGGUGUACCGGUGAUUUUCCAUCAUAUGGAGGAUUUUUGAGAAGGUGAUGUGAUUUAGAUUAUCUGGAAAAGACGAGGAUUUUGAUGUGGACUUACACUUGCCAGCUAGAUUUUAGUUUCAAGAUUAAGAAGUGGAAUCGCGUGUCCACCACAUCUUUCAUUUUGUGCUUUGCUGAAGUGAAAGAGGAGGCUCGGCAGAAAUUGGACGCGGAGGGACCCGAGGAGCGGUUCAGCGAUUUGCCUCCCGGCUACGUUCUACGAGAUUUACGGGCACCCACUUCCGCUGCGCUUAGCAUGCAAGAACUCGCGCUUUUGUCGCCUUCGCAGCGCGGCGACGUGACAAUGCGCGAUGAAGGAGGUGCGGACGAGGAUACGAUGAACAACUUCGGCAAGGACAAGCUUCAGGACGUCUUCUCCGACGAGCAGCAGCUGUGCGGCACGAGUUCUCUGAGCAAAGCUGGCCUGCAGCAGCGGGAAAGGCCACUGCGAGACGCCUAUGUGGUGUUGCGCCAGCUCCCGAUGAUUUCAGAUGCAGUGUACCGAGAGCUGGAGAAUUACCGCUACAACUUCAAACGGCAUAUGCAGAUUGCAAGGGAAAUGCCAUUACAGCACAAGGGAACAAGUUGGGAAUUGUGGGCUUCACUUGCGGAUGACAUCGUCCGGGACACUAUUCUCUUGGUCGUAGAGGAAUUAGACGGCUGCCUAGACCACGAAAUCCAAGUGAUGAUAUCUUCCGAAACGAAUGGCGUUGUACAGUAA